CUCUCAGCUUCUCAAACUCCCCAACAAUGAAGACGCUGGUCACUCUGAUGCUCGUCUACAUGCUUUUCUCAGAAGCUUUACAGGGUUCUGCAGCUCUGAGGUGCUACCAAUGUGACAGCCUGCCAUGUAAUCCUAGACCUGUGGUGUGUUCGCCGUAUGAAGAUCGCUGCAUGCACAUCGGACAUAUGCGUUCAACGUUUUCAAUGAAAGUGUGUGGAACCCAGGCUGCCUGUGAUUCAGCAGGGAGAACGGCAACAUGUUGUGACACUGAUCUGUGUAACAAAGAUUUACAGGCUGCUAAAUUGCUGAAGUGCUACGAGUGUCUGGGGCCGGCAUGUGUUGAUCAACUUGUGGAGUGUACAGUUAUAGAAGAUCGCUGCUUUUCUGCGACCCCAUUUGUUUUUAUGGGCCACAGACAUACGGCAAAAGGAUGUACGAACAAGGCUAAGUGUUACGAACAAAGCGAUGCGAUGACGUGCUGUGACACUGAUCAGUGUAACGGUGAUCAAAGUGUUAAGCCGAGUCUCUCAGUCACAAGUGAGAAUUCUGCUUACGAUUUACAGACUCCUACAUCUCUGAAGUGUUACAACUGUGAUGGACUGAUAUGUGAUCAUCAACCUGUCACUUGUCCUUUUCCUGCAGAUCGAUGCUUUACCCUAACCAAGACUACAUUUUUUGUACUGACUCAUACUGUAAAGGGAUGUUCUACCAAGACUCAGUGUGAGGAAACCGGAACAGACGCAGUGUGCUGUGAGGAGAACCUGUGUAACAGUGCUGAGGGGGUUAAGCUGAGGCUCUUCAUCAUGCUGGCUCCUCUGAUCUCCUCCAUCCUCUUCAUCUGAUCUCUCUGCUGCUCCUCUCUCAGUGAUUCAUCUCUUACUGGAGGAACAGAAAUAUUGUAAAUAUAGUGUCUGGAAAUAAUUAAAUAGUUUUCCUACAUUUAAUUUCUCAGCUGUACUUUCAGAUCAAAUAUGAUGAAUGUUAUAGAUUAGAAUAGAUUGUACUGUAACAUCUGUCA